GAGAGCUCGGGUGGUGCGGGUUUAGGACACCUCCUGCAGCCUGUGGUCUGCACGGUGCGCACGGGGUCUGUGUCUCACGCUCGAGCGGAGGCGGAAGGAGGGUUUCUGAUUUGCCAAACAGCAUCAGCAGCACUCUGGUGGUUCUGUGCGCUCACAGAGGAGCGGGGAGGAUGCAGAGGAGGGAGAGGCUCAGAGAGACACGGUGAUGCGGUGACACAUGGCAGCCUGCACCGCCUGCACGCUCUGACUGCGCUCCCACUUUCCAUUCACCGGGAAACGGGAGAGGCUGCACACUGGGAUGCUGAGAGGCGCUGCUGGGAUGCUGGAGGCUGCUGCAACCACCGAGCAGGAUCAACCACAGACAAACAAGCUGUAGAAGACACUGGGGACUGUGGAGACCGCUGAUCGGAUAGCCUGCUGAUUAUUCUGCUUGUUGUGUGCCUGCUGAUUUUUAUCCCCGCCGAGCCGCCGUAGCGAUGGGAGAUAACAUGUCCAAGCGGCUGAAGCUGAUCUCGGCUACAGAGGCAGAGAUGGAGGAGCGCUCUUUCCCAAACCCGUACCCGGACUGGGACCAAGGAGUCCUCACCUCCAACUCCGGAGCAGACGGAGACUACAAUGAGCCGUUUGACGCGGACGGAAAGGUGAGCGCUGCAUUCCAGAAGAAGGUCCAGAAUAAGAUCAAAGAUCUCCUCGAGCAGAUGGAGGAAGGCCUGAAGACUGCCGACCCCCAUGACUUCUCCACCUACACUGGCUGGACAGGCAUCGCCUUACUGUACCUCCAGCUGCACCGGGUGACCCACGAGGCCACCCACCUGCAGAGGGCACUGGACUACGUGAAGAGGAGCAUGAGGAUCCUGAAUGGCCGUAAAGUGACGUUCCUGUGUGGCGACGCGGGGCCGCUGGCAGUGGGCGCGGUGGUUCACCACAAACUGAAUAACACUGCUGACAGCCAAGACUGUCUGUCCAGGCUCCUCCAGCUGCAGAGGUCGGUGCUGAGUCCCGACUCUGAGAUGCCAGACGAGCUGCUGUAUGGCCGGGCCGGCUACCUCUACGCUCUGCUCUACAUUAACAAAGAGAUAGGAGCUGACACGGUGGAUGAGGGCACCAUUACAAAGGUGGUGACUGCCAUCGUGGAAUCAGGGAAGAACAUGUCAGCAGAGCAGAAGAAGACGGACCGCUGCCCUCUGCUCUACGAAUGGCACAAGAAGCAGUACAUUGGUGCCGCCCAUGGCAUGGCUGGCAUCUAUUGCAUGCUCAUGCAGCCAGGAGCUAAGGUCCAGUCAGACAUCCUGUCGGAGCUGGUCCGUCCCAGCAUCGACUACGUCCGCCACAAGAGGUUCCGCUCGGGGAACUUCCCGUCAUCGCUGAGUAACGAGAGUGACCGGCUGGUUCACUGGUGCCACGGAGCCCCUGGUGUCAUCCAUAUGUUCAUCAUGGCUUAUAAGGUGUUUAAAGAGGAGAAGUACUUGAAGGAGGCUGCAGACUGUGCUGAGGUGAUCUGGCAGCGAGGCCUGCUCAGGAAAGGCUACGGCAUCUGCCACGGCACCGCUGGCAACGGCUACGCCUUCCUGUCCCUUUACAAGCUCACGCAGGAGAAGAAAUACCUGUACCGCGUCUGCAAGUUUGCUGAGUGGUGUUUGGCCUAUGGGACCCACGGCUGUCGCAUCCCAGACAGACCCUACUCUCUUUUUGAAGGUAUGGCGGGGGCCAUCCACUACCUGUCAGAGGUGGCAGAGCCUGAAGCCUCCUGCUUCCCUGCCUUUGAGCUUUGACCUGCCAACUGAUGUGACUGAGGAUGAUGAAGGGGAAGAGGGACAAAGUGUUUUGGACCAAACUUGAGUCUUUGCUCAAGAGCUGGACAAGGAUGUGUUUGUGAUGCAGCUUUCAACCUGGGUCAUGAGUAAGUAGUGACCGAAAUACACUGAAAAUGAGGAACUGAGCAGUGUGAGUUGGGUCAUGAUAUUGAAAAUGUGCAAAAGGACAAAGGGAAGAUUAAUUUUGGACAAAACCACAGGUUGAAUGUUGUUGAUCCAGUGAAAAUAAAAGCUGGACUGAAGAGGACAUAUUUGUCUUCCUGAAGAUGGACACUUACAUCCUGCGGAGUCUAUCAUUGGAACUCUGUCCAAACAUGUGAGUCUUUCAGCUCUGAGGUCCCCCGUCAUCCUCCAGUGUGUUGGGGCAAAGACAUGGACCCCAUGUCUCUUCCUCACCCAAUUAAUCGCCAGCUGGCAUGGACACAGAAGAACACACUCUAACCCUCAGCCUUUAAUAUCAUAGCACCUAGGCCAAGAAAGAGGGUGAGUGUGUAUGCGUGUGUGUGUGAAGUGAACUAAAGCUGUUUUGGUAUUUCUAUGCCUCUGCAUGCUCACUGUAACUGGCUCUUGGUGCCUCAUAUUCUGUCCGUGUAGUGAUUUCCCCUUCCUGUGUUUGUAGGUGUGCUGUUUCACUUCUCCAGGUGUUUGUCACAUGGUGGAGAAAGGUUUCUCUGUCAACUUUCAUUUUAUGAACACAAGCAUAGUUUAAAGAUCACCAGACUUUUGCGAAGCUAACCAAUAUAUCAGCUGUUAAGUCUUAAGUUUCUCUUUAAUUUCUGUGUAAGGAACUGUAAUAAUACGACAGAUAUAGUGCAUAUUUUUUCAUUUCCAAGUGACAAUAACAUUGUUUUUGGUGAGUUUUGGUUCAGAAUGUUGCGACAAGACUGUCCACUUCUGUGGUGACUGACUAGAGAGUGUCAUACUGUAUUGUACACAAGCCCUUGUUGGCCCUUUUUUGACGAGUCUAUUUAGUUUUUGGUGUCAGUCAUUAGGUAUUUGAGCCUCAUGUCGUGUUUAGUACAACAUUAAUUAUUUGGGAGGACGUGUUGCGCUAUUUAGUCCUAUAACACUCUAGAGGCUAGUGCUUUGCUUGCUAAAGUUAGCACUCAUUUCCACUUAGCGUUCAUUUUUGAUGAUGUUAUUUCAGCUCCUGCACACUCUGUGUUGUCUUUGUCCCACGUGAUACGAUGGAGGGGUCCAGUUCGUGUUAGCGGUCUCUUCUGAGUCCAGUCUGGCACAGGGUAACGUAGUCCCCCAAUGCCAGAUGGAUCCCUUACAGACUCAUUGACUCAAGCCCUAAGUCCUUACAGACCUAGUACCAAUUCCAUUUCUUCCCCUUAACCCUUGUCUUGGUCAGGUUAAGAGCCAACCUGACGGAGAAUUGGGACACCACUUCCCCUCACGUGAACGCGCAAAACCAAGGGGAAGGGUCAAGACUAGGGCUAAGGGGAAGAAAUGGAAUUGGUCCUAGGUCUGUAAGGGCUUAGGGCUUGAGUCAGUGAGUCUGUAAGGGAUCCAUUUGGGAUUGGGGGAUUGAGUCACGUAAGAAGGGCUGAAGUCACAAAGGGGACUAAUGUUCAGAAACGGCAAACACUGUGCCCUUAUUUCUGGUAACUGACCCUUCGCUAAGCCGUGUGUGCAGAUGAACGGUGUUUGGCUUCCUCUCUGUGCCGACGCCAGCACCCGAACCUCUGCUACCAGAUGGGCUGGGAGCUCUGGGCGAAGCCAGACACCGUUCAUCUGCGCACAAUGCAGUCACUGGUUCCUGUACAGCAGGGUCGGUCUUUGUUUCACUGUUAUAAUCGUUAAGUCAUCGUUAACCUCAACGUUAACUUCUGUGGUGUUCAGUUUGUCACAUUUAUAGCAUCAGUCCGGUUUAACACUUAGUGGUGAGACGGACGUGCGCAAGCAGGUCAAGUCGGAAAGUGUUAAAUGUAUGCAUUUCAUUUUCUGACAUAUUACAGAAGAUCACAUUUAAAUUUCACUUAUCUGAAAAGAGGGUUAACUUACCGUGGGCAAGUGUUAAUGUCGAGUCCUGUGACAGGAAAGAAAAACGCUUUGGUGGACACGUAACGCCACCAGGUUGUGGACUGGCGAUUUAUUUAAUCUUAAGAUAACCUGUGCAGGUUUUUCCCCCGUCAACCAAUCAAUUGGUAGAUGAGUAGGUAGAAUUCCAGUCUACCAAAAUUUUCUUUGGUUGGUUAAAGCCCUAGUGUGAAGUCACCAGCCACUGUCCCCCAGCUGAGGCUUUUCCCCACAAUGUGACAAGUGACUGAUGGUUUAAAAUCAAAGUUAGAGCGCCGGUUUGUGCAUUGGUCCUUUACCUAGCAGACACAACGAUAACGUUAGCUUGCAUCUAUCAGCACGCACUGGCUUUCAAAACAUUUGAAAAUGAACAGUAGGUACGGCCACAUGAGGUUUUGGGUACAAUAUAUUAUGCCUUAAACUUUCCCCACCCAACCACGCCUCACUUUGGUUCCUCUCUUCGCCGAUAACCCACUACUGUUGUAUGUACAAACACAGCUGAGGAAUCAAACCUUUGUCUCGUCUACAUUUAUGAGUUGUCCGAUAAGAAAUAAGCCCUAACACCUAAGGUGAGAUCUACUGACAGCACCCAAAGUAACGUCUGCGUCAUCAACUGAAACAGAACGUCCUGGACUAUUUAGAGUACCAUCUAGAAACUACAUGAGUGUUGCUACCAUUUAGGUUCAGGUGCCAUCUGGGUUCAGGACUCUGUCAGAGCUUAGCGUAAAACUGGUGUUUUUGAAAUCUUCAGCUGAUCGGCAGGCCAACAAUUUGCUGAAAAAAAAUACAUUAAAAACCACCUUUGAAAUAAGAAAUUCGAGAUGUGGUAGCAGUAGCUGAAAAAGGUUGGUAGACAUCACAUAAACUAAAGAAAGACCAAAGAAGAAGUCGCAGGUUCUCAACAAGGGAGGUUCCUAACGACUGAUUUCCCUGAUGUCUAAACAGAUUUUUAACUAAAAACUAAAAGUAAGAAAACACCCUGACAGGCAAGGUCAUUAUUUAUUUAUUUAUUUAUUUUGCUGGCAACAUUGGCCAAAACCUGAAUUUACCUCUAAGUUUUUUAAAAAAAUAAUUUUGCUAUUUUUGCCGUUUUUUUUCUAUAGAUUCAUUAUUGCUGCAGAACAACGGCAGCGAGUGAUGUGGAACAUCAGAUAUUUGUAGUUAGUUAACUGAAAAAAGUAAAACCAUUUAUUAUUUCCUGCAUUUUGCUGAACUUUCAGUGUCCUUUGUAUUGUGCACUCAGCUUGUCAUUUUGCACAGCUUUGUCACUGUUAAAACAGACCGAAUAAAGGUUAAAGUUUAAUAUCUCCAACAAAGAAGAUAAUAUCCAACCCAGGAGAUAAUAUCCCAUGUAAAGGAAAUAGUAUAUCCUACCUAGGAGAUACCGUCCUAUAUGAGGGAGAUAACAUCCCAUAUGUAGGAGAGAAUAUCUCACACCUAGGAGAUAAUAUCACAUAUGUAGGAGAUAACAUCUCAUUUGUAGGCGAUAAUGUCUCCUACCUAGGAGAUAACAAUAGGAGGAAAAAGGAGGGAGUAUCAACAGUAUAAUAGUAUAAUAAUUAACCCUUUAAAACCUGAACAAAUUGGCCCAAUUCCUUUUGAAAGCACACACACAAAAGGCAAUGAGCAGCUUUACAAGAAAUAACCAAACAAUUAGCAAAUAAUUAGUUAAAGUUACGGAAAAAUGUCUUGAAAAAUAGUAAAAAACAAACAAGGAAAUGGCCUGAAAAAAGUGCUAAUUAUAUUUGUUGAGAGAGAAUUUUUUUUUUUCUCAAAUAGAAAUGUAAAAAUAUAAUUAUAAUAUUUAGAAAUACUUUUUUCCUCAUCAUUUUUUACUUUUUUUUUAUUUAAUUUUUUAUUUUUUUUUUUGUCAGUUUUUUGCAAUUUUCAUUCAAUUUGCAGGACAUUUCUUGCCAAGCUGUUCAUUGUCUUUUCUUGCACGUUUCCAAAAGAAAUCAGUUCGCUCAGGUUUCAAAAACGUGUGUUUGUGUGUGUGUGCGUGCGUGUGUGUGUGAACCCAAUGUGAACCUGCCGUGCCAAACACAUUAAUGUUUCACUGCUGGAACAUAGUGUGAAGCAUUUAAAGUUAUACUUUAAGCACACUCAGUUUCUAAAAGUAUUUUACUAGCAGACGUGAUAAGAUCCACAACAACACCCAAAAAUUGGUGAUUUAAACAUUUUUUAGUUGUUUUUCUUUUAAUAUUUGACGAAAGCCUUCGGUACAAAACUAGAGUUGACCGGCAGUUAGUCUCGCUAACCAGACCUUUCUCAAGAAAAGAAAGGUCUGGCUGGGCCGACUCUCACUUUGAGAUUGGAGAAAAAAACGCCCCGGCUGCUUGUAUUUCUUUCAACCAAUCACAAUCGUUCUGGGUGGUGCCACAACAACGGUGCGCUUGCAAAAAUAUAGCCGGGGGGAAACAGGUUUUGGUGUAACACGCUCACAAAAAUAUCGCCUACAGGACGUGAACCAUGGCAGAAAAAUGGCUACAUCCCUGCAAGAUCAAACACCGCAAAAGUUAGUAAAGGACGUGUUGAAAACGGUUGAAAACUGCUACACAACCGGAGGCGGUAGGGCGGGACUUCAGCGGGUUGCUCAUUCUGCCCAAUGAGAGGCUGGUCUGUGUAGCUAACUUCCGCCCACUCGGACUAACCGGCAGUUGACGUAGUUUCCUCCAAUCAGAGCUCUGUACGUCACUUAUAGACAAAGCUCUAAUAAACCCUGAGCUCAGAUGGUCGUCGUCAUGUGUGGUACCAACGAUGAGUGAAAGUGAUACCUGGUGGUAAAAGUGUGCAGUACAUCCAAUGAUCCCGACAGCACAUGAAUGCACAUCAAUGCCUAAUUCUCCUGCAGAGAUCUCGUCCUGAAUGUCUUUGCAUGAGGAUAACGUCACAUAUAAAACCUGUGUGUUCAUCUGUCAGUGUUUCCAGGUUCACUGGUCCCGAUGUGUUUGGUGGUGAUUUGUGUCCUGAUCCCGGCCGUGAGGAGUGUUUGACCUCUCUGUCCGUGUUUUUGAUCUGCUCUCUGCCUAACUGCUGUCAAGAUGUGUGUGUGUGUGUGUGUGUGUGUGUGUGUGUGUCCUCAUUACACUCUUGGACUUCAGUGACAGAGCGGUGAAAAGUAAGGUGUCUUAAUUGUUCUGAUUUUGGGCGAGUCGAUGUUGACAAAGGUCAAGUGACAGAAUUCAUGUAAGGUUUGAUAUUGUUGGAAAUAAAAAAUGAAUAGAG